GAGGGAGAGAGAUAGACAUGCACAGAAGAGGAGGAGGAGGGGGAGGCUCCUGAUACCAAGACACGGAAAAGCAGGGGAGGGAAAGAGAGAAAGAAAAAGGGGCUGGUGGAGGAAGAGGAGCGGGGAGUUGGAGAAAACGGGGAAUAAGACUUACAGAGAGCAUACAGAGGAGAGGAAGGAGAGUACCUAGUGCUUUGGACAUCCCCUCCUUUCUUCUCUUAGGCUGUCACAACAGAUUGGACUCCGAAGGACCGACACCACGUCCACCCCAGACCCCAUGGGGUAACAGCAGAUGUUUGGAGGAGAGGCUUUUGUUCAGCUACACAGAUGAACAACAGGAAGGAGGACAUGGAGAUCUCGUCUCACUACCGUCAGCUCCUCAGAGAGCUCAAUGAGCAGAGGCAGCAUGGCAUCCUUUGCGAUGCCUGUGUCAUUGUGGACGGAAAGAUCUUCAAAGCUCAUAAGAAUGUCCUCCUGGGAUCGUCACGCUACUUUAAGACUCUUUACUGCCAGGUUAAAAAGGGGGCAGAGCCUCACCACCAGACUACUGUCACUCAUCUGGAUAUUGUCACAGCAACAGGCUUCAAAGCCAUCCUGGACUUCAUGUACUCGGCGCACCUUGCUCUCACCAGUAAGAAUGUGAUUGAGGUCAUGUCAGCUGCCAGCUACCUGCAGAUGACAGAUAUUGUCCAGGCUUGCCACAGCUUCAUCAAGGCUGCACUAGACAUCAGCAUCCGCUCAGAGAUGGCUGAUGAGCUGGCCGAUUUUGAAAUGGGCGCUGUGGCUGCCGCUGGCCUAGGUGGAGGCGGGGGCGCUGGAGGUGGUGGAGGAGGAGCUGGUCUACCAGGGGCAGGGGGUGUUGCAGGAGCUGGUUUAGGAGGCGGAGGGGGCAUAGUGGGCAUGGCGUCUGAAGCCCUUGCUUCCAUCAUGUCUGGUCGCAGCACCUCUCCUUGGCUGGCUCGCCGGACCAGCCCGGCCAACUCUUCUGGGGACUCAGCCAUCGCCAGCUGCCAUGAGGGUGGCAGCACGUAUGGAAAGGAGGACCAAGAACCACCGAAGAGCCAUGAGAGCCAGGAAGAAGCCUGCCAUGACUCUCAGCCUGCAUGGCCUCACGACUAUCGGCCUGGCAUCACUGUCAAAGAGGAACAGGUAUCCCCUGCCUCCUCCUCUCAUCCCCGGGACACUCCCAGGGGGGCAGCCCAAAGCCAGGCGGAGCAAGGGACUGGGGGACCUGGUGGAGGAGGUGGAGAAGGGCCCUGGCAACCUCUGUCAGGAUCAGGGCGAAGGAAGAACAGGAAGAACAAGGACACAGUCAGACAUAUUACCCAGCAGGCUGAGAGGAACUGGGACCGCGAGCGGGACAGAGAGAGAGAAAGAGACAGUAGGCCUGGAUCUCCUCUGCCCUCCAUGCUGGCUGUAGCUGGAUGGAACUACAACGGGCAGGAUAUCCCAGGGGCAGACGUGACUGAACCCAACAGCUCAGACAGCCGUGGCGAACGCCUCGACUUCUUCCUCAAACAGGAAGAGCCUCUUGCCACAGAGCCCAGCUUCCUGGGCACCAACGAAUUGGAGGAGGCCGGGGGAGGAGCCGGGGGUGGAACAAUCUCAUCUGUAGCCAAUCUGAAGGCAGCGCUGAUGAGUAAGAACAGCCUGCUGUCACUGCGGGCUGAGAUGAUGGGAGAUGAUAACCCCUUGUUGUAUGAGUACCUGCCCAAAGGAGGACACUCCCUGUCUUUGAAUGACUUCACGGUGAUCCGCAAAAAGUUCAAGUGCCCCUACUGCAGUUUCUCUGCUAUGCACCAGUGCAUCCUAAAGAGGCACAUGCGCUCCCAUACUGGUGAGAGGCCCUACCCCUGUGAAAUCUGUGGCAAGAAGUUCACCAGAAGGGAGCACAUGAAGAGGCACACACUGGUCCACAGCAAAGACAAGAAGUACGUCUGUAAAGUCUGCAGCCGAGUCUUCAUGUCAGCAGCCAGUGUUGGAAUCAAGCAUGGCUCCCGCCGCCACGGCGUCUGCGCUGAUUGCUCUGGCAGAGGCAUGGCCGCACUCCUGGACCACAAUGGUGAGGUGGGUGGCGAUAUCUCUCCGGAGGAGGAACUGUAUCCUGGCGACCGUUUCCACGAUGACCAAGCAGAGUGUGAUGGAGAUGGAGAAGGGGAGGAGGAGAUGAUGGUCGAAGGGGACGGAGAGAUGCUGGGAGAAGGGGAGGAAGACAGAGGGAAGUGGAAGGACUCAGGGAUGACCGCUGAGACGCACGGAACGCUGGACAAUGAGAAAGAGGAGAGUGACUCCUCGGCACAGGAGGGGGAACAGCAGAAUGGGAGCGAGAAGGACUUUGCCUGGAUCUCAUAGAGUCUGUCCGGCUCCUGUUAGUGACCCAUCGACCGAUCUCUGAAGAUCUUUUGUGAUCUCUCAGGCAGAAUCCUCUGCUCUCUUUACCCAUUCGUCCCACUUGGGGCAGGCCUUCCUUUGAGUGGAAAUGCUGUAGGGUGAUGCGCGACAAUGAUCUAAUACCAUUACGAGUAACACUCAAAUGCACACAUACCGACAUGCACACACUUUUACCACACACACACGCACACACACACGCACGCACGCUCUUCUCAACCUUGACUGCCAUAAUAGAGGAAGAGAUGGCUCAGUGCAAGGCUUUUUCUGCUUACCUCCUUUAAUUCUGAUGCAGUGUUUUUGUGUUAUUUUUCUCGAGGGUUCAGGCCAGAGUCCAGUAGUUUUCUACUCUGUCAAAACAGGAAUCAAUGGCGCCGCUGCCAAGGACAUGGCCAACGCCAGACUGCUAUGUAUGUUUGCCAUCACAAUCAUCAUGGAAAUCAAGGAUCACUGACAGUGUAGGGAAAUAGCCAGGAGGAAGGCUGUCUUGGUCUUAUAACUAUGACUAUAAUGCUUCUGGGAAAAGUGUCUCCCUAUGAGUGAAGGGGGGGUCUAAAUCUAUUGCAAAGCUACGUGUGUCAGAGGACCGGGCAGCCCAAUGGCACAUUGUUGAGUCCUACUGCCACAGACUUGCACUUUAAUGACAACUGACUCCUAUCAAUACCCUGAACCCGUGGUUUACAUUUUUGAUCUGAUCUUUACUUACCUAAACAACUCGGUGACCGCACCUACCUUUAAGGAUAUACUUUAUGUCCUCUUGACUGUUAUCACGAAAUAGAAAUCACUGAAUCUUUGUGCAGAUUGCUGUUUAUAUAGCCUAUGCCUUUCAGUGGGGUCCUUAAUCUUUUCUUCACUUAAGUUUACCGCCUGGUUUCUAUUGAUCCAUUCCAAGAAAUACUGGAGUUUUGAGAAA